AUGAGCGCUUUAGCCGGGAAUUUGUACGGCUUGGGCGCCGAGGCGUUCAACAGCUUAGCCGUUUUCCUGCCGACGCUCGUCGCCGCCCUGGCCUACUUCCAAUACGAACAAUUAGACCCCGAGAGCCGGCCCAUCAACGUCCCCAACGAGGAACUCCUCGACAAGUACGACUUUAUCGUCGUCGGAGCCGGAUCAGCAGGUGCUGUAGUGGCGAAUCGAUUGAGCGAAGUGGAAGACUGGAAAGUCCUGUUACUGGAAGCAGGAGGAGACGAAACGGAAAUAUCGGACAUUCCAGUACUAGCGGCGUAUUUGCAACUGUCCGCUUUAGAUUGGAAGUACAAAAGCGAACCGCAAGGGCAAGCUUGCUUGGCUAUGAACAACGGCAGAUGCAACUGGCCCAGAGGGAAGGUAAUAGGCGGUUCCUCGGUACUGAACUACAUGCUCUACCUGCGAGGCAACAAAAAGGACUACGACCAGUGGGAGUCGAUGGGCAACCCCGGCUGGGGUUACCAAGACGCGUUGCAUUACUUCAAAAAAUCCGAGGACAACAAAAAUCCCUACUUGGCCAAAACCGCCUACCACUCCACCGGCGGUUAUCUGACGGUGUCCGAGGCCGCCUACCACACGCCUUUGGUGGCCGCUUUCUUGGAGGGCGGCAAGCAAUUGGGCUACGAGAACAGGGACAUCAACGGAGAACACCAAACGGGCUUCAUGAUGGCCCAGGGAACGGUGAGAAGAGGAACCAGGUGCUCCACGGGCAAGGCGUUUCUACGACCGAUCAGGCUACGGCAAAAUUUACACGUCGCCAUGAACUCGCACGUUACCAAACUCCUAAUAGAUCCAAUGACGAAAAUCACGUUCGGCGUCGAGUUCCAUCGAAACGAUAAAUUAUACAGGAUAAGAGCCAAAAAGGAAGUGAUCCUGUCCGCGGGCUCGGUGAAUUCGCCGCAAAUAUUGAUGCUUUCCGGCAUAGGUCCCAAGCAGGAAUUGAACAAGCACAAAAUCCCCGUCAUCCAAGACCUGCAGGUCGGUCACAACUUGCAGGACCACAUCGGUCUCGGAGGAUUCACCUUCCUCAUCAACAAACAGGACUCCAUCACGCUAGACCGCAUUUAUUCAGCAGGUCCUCUAAUGCAGUACGUCAUAUUCGGAGGCGGGCCGUUGACGAUAAUGGGCGGCGUGGAAGGUUUGGCGUUCGUAAAUACGAAAUACGCCAACGCCACCGAUGACUUCCCCGACAUCGAAUUCCACUUCGUGUCCGGCUCGACGCACUCCGACAGCGGGGCGCAGAUCAAAAAAGCCCACGGUCUGACCGACAGCUUCUACGACAAGGUCUUCAAACCCAUCGACAAAAAGGACGCCUGGAGCGUCAUACCGAUGCUGUUGAGGCCCAAGAGCAGAGGCGUGAUAAAAUUGCGAAGCAACAACCCCUACGACGCCCCGUUGAUUUACCCCAACUAUUUCAUGGUGGAAGAUGACAUGAAGACGCUCAUAGAGGGCGCCAAGAUCGGCAUGGCGUUGAGUUUGACGCCGGCCUUCCAGUCUUACGGGAGCAAAUUGGUGGAGUUUCCGGAUUGCGCGCAUUUCAAGAAAUACAGCGAUAAAUUUUGGGAGUGUAUGAUCAGGCUCUAUACGGUUACGAUUUACCAUCCAGUAGGUACUUGCAAAAUGGGACCGUACUGGGACCAAAACGCCGUGGUGGAUCCGCAGCUGAGAGUCUACGGUGUGAAAGGUCUACGCGUCAUAGACGCGUCUAUUAUGCCGACGAUGGUGAGCGGAAACACUAACGCUCCCACCAUCAUGAUAGGUGAAAAAGGAGCGGAUUUGGUCAAGGAAUUUUGGACGAAAGCGGCGAAAUACGGAAGAAUCCUUCACGGUGCUUAG